GAAUCCCUCUUCCUGGCCGCAGUGUUCUGCAAUGGCGGCGGUCGCGCGCUUACUGCUCAGGACUGCGGCUUUUAAAGCCUCUGUUACUGAUGUGUGCGGCGGUGUGCACAGCACUAAUGCAGGAAUCUCAGUCCUCAGACUCUCACCGAGCUCCUGCAUGAGGCUGAAGACACAAAAAAGACAUGCAGCACACUUCACCUUUUACCCUGACCCUGUCCCCACGACUUACGGCCCCACCACGAAGAUGAACUUGUUCCAGUCUAUAACCAGUGCCCUGGACAACACUUUGGCCAGUGACCCCACAGCAGUAAUUUUCGGGGAGGACGUGGCCUUUGGUGGUGUGUUUCGAUGCACAGUUGGCCUGAGGGACAAAUAUGGCCAAGACCGUGUUUUUAACACUCCACUGUGUGAGCAGGGCAUUGUGGGAUUUGGCAUAGGAGUAGCUGUUGCAGGAGCCACAGCCAUUGCAGAAAUUCAGUUUGCUGAUUACAUCUUUCCUGCUUUUGAUCAGAUUGUAAAUGAAGCUGCCAAGUACCGGUACCGUUCAGGGAAUCAUUUCGACUGUGGGAACCUGACUAUCCGAGCACCGUGGGGCUGCGUGGGCCACGGCUCCCUCUACCACUCCCAGAGUCCUGAAGCCUUCUUUGCCCACUGCCCUGGCCUUAAGGUGGUUGUGCCAAGAGGUCCAGUCCAAGCUAAAGGGCUGCUUUUGUCCUGCAUUGCUGAUCAGAACCCCUGCAUCUUCUUUGAGCCCAAGAUCCUUUACAGAGCUGCAGUGGAGCAAGUACCGACCGAAGCGUACCACCUCCCUCUCUCUCAGGCUGAUAUUGUGCAGGAGGGAAGUGACCUCACCAUGGUUGCCUGGGGAACACAGGUUCAUGUCAUGAGGGAAGUUGCUAACAUGGCACAGGACAAGCUUGGAGUAUCUUGUGAGGUCAUUGACCUGCAGACAGUUUUGCCAUGGGACAUAGAUACAGUGUGCAAGUCGGUGGUAAAGACGGGGCGGCUGCUGAUCAGUCAUGAGGCUCCAGUGACUGGAGGCUUUGCUGCUGAGAUCUCCACAACGGUUCAGGAGGAAUGUUUCCUAAACCUGGAGGCGCCCAUCACAAGGGUUUGUGGAUAUGAUACACCUUUCCCUCACAUUUUCGAACCCUUCUAUAUUCCGGACAAAUGGAAAUGUUUUGAGGCUGUCAAACGAAUGAUCAACUACUAGAAUUAGACACGUCAACAUGAAAUUCUUCCUAUUAUGCGUUCCCUCUCUAGAAUCUGGAAAUGAUGAACUCAUCACAGAUGUGGUUGCUACCCUUGUUGACUAACAGACAACUCAUGAGGAUGGAUAAACUUGGACUGUAACUCCAGAACUUCAGCGGUCAACCAUGUGGAACAAUAUUCAUGAACACUAACAUGCAGAUAACUAGUGUGUGCUCUUGAAUUAUAUUUGUUGGCUGAGUGUUUCCGUUUUUGCUGUUACAUUUUGAUUACCUCUGCUUAGCCUCUCUGUCACAUUGAAUUCUGGGUGUUUGGUUUCCGAACAAAUUAAAAACAUUAAUCAUG